CGCGGCUCGGCGCGGCACUGCGUUCUCUGUUUGCGUCGGCGUGUCGUGCAGUGUUUCCCGCUUCUUGUGUGGCCUUCGCAGUGGACCGGAGCGCGUCCCCGCAAGUCAUGGCGACGAAGGCCGUGUGCGUGCUGAAGGGCGACGGCCCGGUGCAGGGUACCAUCCACUUCGAGCAAAAGGAAGAUGGGACGGUCGUGGUAUCGGGAUCCAUUACAGGAUUGACUGAAGGCGAUCAUGGAUUCCAUGUCCAUCAAUUUGGAGAUAAUACACAAGGCUGUACCAGUGCAGGUCCUCACUUUAAUCCUCUAUCCAAAAAACACGGUGGGCCAGAGGAUGAAGAGAGGCAUGUUGGAGACCUGGGCAAUGUGAAGGCUGACCAAAAUGGUGUGGCCGAAGUGUGUAUUGAAGAUUCUAUAAUCUCACUCUCUGGAGACCAUUCCAUCAUUGGCCGCACAAUGGUCGUCCAUGAAAAACCAGAUGACUUGGGCAGAGGUGGAAAUGAAGAAAGUACAAAGACAGGAAACGCUGGAAGUCGUUUGGCCUGUGGUGUAAUUGGGAUCGCCCAAUAAACAUUCCCUAGGAAGUGGUCUUGAGUCCUAGUAACUCAUAUGUUAUCUUGCUAGUUGUAGAAAUUUAACUAGAUAAACAUUAAACACCGUAACCUUAAAAGUGUAUUUUGUGUGACUUUUUUUAAGUUGCUUGAAGUACCUGUAAUAAGAACUGAUUUAUGAUCACUUGAAGAUUUGUAUAAUUUUAUAAGACUCAUACUCAAAGUGUCUGUUUCAGUGGUCUCUGUAUUUUGCCAAACUUAGUCACAUAUGGAUAUUAUUUGUCUGAAUUUCUUCAGUUCUCACUCAAGCCUGCAAUAAACAUUCUCUGUGGCACUAC